AUGUCGCCCUCCCCAGAACAAGAUCAAGCUGCUCAGCUGCAGGAGCUGAUACAGCAACUCACUGUAGCCGCCAAUGCCUGUGACUAUGCACCAGGCUCCCAGGGCUACAUCUCCAGGACCAAUGUCGCCGCCAUCGCCAAGGACAUUGUUCGUCUUGUGAUGGCACCGUCGGAUAUGUCAAUGCACCACUCGGUCAACAUGCUGGAGAUUGUUUGCAUUCGAACCUUGAUGGGCCUGGGCGUAUUCGAAAAGAUCCCCGUGGAUGGAUCCAUCUCUCUGGCCGAGUUGUCCAGGGUCACAGGCGUCCAGGACUCACUGCUAGAACGACAACUUCGACUCCUCGUGGGCACUAAAUUCGUCGAGCAGACCCCUGAAUAUGAGUACGUGCACACAAAGUUCUCCCGAGCAUACAUCCAGGUGCCCGGGCCGGGAAACUUCUUCCAGUUCAUCAACGAUGAGUGCCUGGCCACGUUGGUCCAUUUUCACAGCUAUGUGAAAGAACGAGCAGCCCAGGACGGCAAGCCUGUGCAAGAGCCUGAUGAUCCUCUCCGCAAUCCAUACACCCACCGCCACGGCAUGGACGGACAUCCUGUGUGGGAGAUCAUGGCACAGUUCCCCGAUCGCCUGCGCGCGUUUCAACUGGGCUUCAUGUCCCAAGAGGAUUCCGUCCCGAUCAUCGGCUUUUACGACUACUCUGCGCUCUACGACCCAGAGCACGAUGGGGACAGAGCCACGCUGGUCGACGUCGGUGGCGGCCAAGGCCAGUCCAUCAUCCAGAUCCUCCAGGCCUUCCCGACCCUCCGCCCCGACCACAUGGUUCUCCAAGAUCUACCCGAACCCAUCGCCCAGGCCCAAAACUCCAAACUCCUCCCCGAGGGCGUUACCGCCAUGGUCCACGACUUCUGGACACCGCAGCCCGUCAAAGGUGCCAAGGCUUACUUCCUCCGCCGCGUCGUGCACGACUACUCGGACGAAAACUGCGUCAAGAUCCUCGCUCACCUGCGCGAGGCCAUGGGCCCGGACAGCAAAGUCCUCAUUGCCGACAUGGUCAUGCCCAAGCGCGUGCACGAAGCCGACCUGCCCGCGGCCGCCAUGGACAACACCGUCAUGGUGAUGGGUGGCAAGGAGCGGACCGCUGACGGAUUCAACAAGAUCCUGGAAGCCGCCGGGUUGAAGAUGGUCAAGAUCUGGCACAGUCGCGAGGGCGGCGCCACGGGCAACAUCGUCGAGGCCAUGUUACCUGCGGGGAAUCCCCGAGGCUCAUGA